CCCUCCAGCUUUGGGACGGUCCUUUCUCACAGACAGCCCUGCCAGGACAAGGAGAGACGCUGUUGCCAAUUCUUUCCCUUCCCUUUCCCCCCCUUUCCCCUUCUACCAGGAGCCUCCCUUGCUUUCCCGGCUCUGCCUCCAGUCCCUCCACGUUGGAGCCACAGGUUGGAUUUUUAGCCCUCUCGUUCCUUGGCAUCGGCGGACAUGGCAGCCUCUGGAGUUGAGCCACAAUGAAAGACGGAACACGUUUCUGCACCCUGUGACUGGACACAUCCCAGAAGAAAACGCAAGAUUUGACUUACAUUUACAGAACUCUACAGUGGACAUGUCCAGCAAAGCAGGUGGGAAGCGACCGGCGACCAUCAGCAGCGAAUCAUCCAACCACACCAUGGUGUCAGAGAUGCCUCAGGAGCGACCAAAUGGCAGGGCCUCGCGCCCUUCCCGGAAGGGGAUCGCCUUCGGGAAGCGCUCCAACUCCAUGAAGCGGAAUCCCAACGCGGCGGUGACCAAAAGCGGCUGGCUCUUCAAGCAGGCCAGCUCUGGCGUGAAGCAGUGGAAUAAGCGCUGGUUCGUGCUGGUGGAUCGCUGCCUCUUCUAUUACAAAGAUGAGAAGGAGGACAGCAUCUUGGGCAGCAUUCCGCUCCUCAGCUUCCGGGUGGCAGCCAUCCAGCCGUCGGACAACAUCAGCAGGAAACACACCUUUAAGGUGACUGUGUGCUGGGUGGAGGAGGCCCUGGGGCGUCACACGCAGUCCCUCUCUUCCCAGGCCGAGCACGCCGGCAUCCGGACCUACUUCUUCAGCGCCGAGAACACCGAAGAGCAGGAGUCCUGGAUCCAAGCCAUGGGCGAGGCUGCCCGGGUGCAGAUCCCACCCCCCCAGAGGCGGGAGAAGACGGACUCUGAGAACAUCCCCCCCAGCAAGCACCACCACCACCGGACCACUGCUCACAGGGAGCACCCCAAAGCAGACCUGGAAGCCAAGACCAGAGGGGAGGGUGAUGGGCGUGGUUCAGAGAAGAUCGAGAGGAAGUUGGAGAGGAUCGACAGCAAGAAGGAACCCCUGGUGAAAGCCAACGGCAUUGUGGGCCAGGAGAUGCCAUCUGAGCCCGGCAGCCCUUACCCUGAAGCCCCACGGUUUCCAGCUGGGGUGGAGAGAUCCACGCAGCCCAACGGCUGGCAGUACUCUUCCCCCAGCCGCCCCGGCAGCACCGCCUACCCGCCGCAGGAUGGGGAGAGCGUGGUGCACCGUCCGGGCUUUGUGCCACGCACCAACCCGGAGAAGAUCGCCCAGAGGAAGAGCUCCAUGACGCAGCUGCAGCAGUGGGUGAACCUGCGCCGGGGGGCUGCCCCGCCGGAGGAGCUGAGGAGCCCCACCAGGUUUUUCCCGAUGUCUCGAAGGGUCCCCGACUACUACGCCCCUUACUCGCCCCAGUACCCUGAGGAUUACCAGUACUACCCGCCCGGCGUGCGCCCUGACAGCAUCUGCUCCAUGCCCGCCUAUGAGCGGGUGAGCCCACAGUGGGCUGCGGAGGACAAGCGCCACUCCUUCCGCAAUGGAGGCCCCUACCAGCUGCGUGAGUGGAAGGAGCACCCGGGUUACGGCAGGCAGGACGUCCCCGUCUGGAUCCCCGGCCCCGGCCGGCAGCCUGUGUAUUACGACGAGGUGGAUGCUGCCUCGGACUCCCUGCGGAGGAUGUCCCUCCAGCCCCGCUCCAGGUCCGUGCCCCGUUCGCCCAGCCAGGGCACCUACAACAGGGCGAGGAUGUACUCCCCGGUCAGGUCGCCCAGCACCCGCUUUGAGAGGAUGCCAUCCAGGAGCGAGGAGAUCUAUGCUGACCCUGCAGCCUACAUGAUGAGGCGAUCGGUCAGUUCCCCAAAGUAUGAUUAUCUGGGUGACAGGAGGCCCGUCCCUGCAGGAAUGUAUCCCUACAACUACCCGGCGUCCCCUACAGUCCACGACAAAAUGAUGAGUGAGAGCGAAACUUUGAUCAGUAUGGUGAACAGAAUGGUGGAGAACUCCUCCCCUAGGGCCCAGCUGUACAUGCAAGUGUCUCCCUUCCCAGAGGCCUACAGAGAGACUCUGCACGCCUACAAGAUAAGCGAGCAAGACACUGAUAAGCUGCUGGGAAAACUGUGUGAGCAAAACAAGGUGGUGAGGGAGCAGGACAGGCUGGUGCAGCAGCUCCGAGCAGAGAAGGAGAGUCUUGAGAGUGCCCUGAUGGGGACCCACCAGGAGCUGGAGAUGUUCGGGAGCCAGCCAGCCUACCCUGAGAAGCUGCUGCACAAGAAGGAAUCCCUCCAGAACCAGCUGAUCAACAUCCGGGUGGAGCUGUCCCAGGCCAGCACGGCCUUGGCCAACAGCACCAUAGAGUAUGAGAACUUGGAGGGCGAGGUGUCAGCCCUGCACGAUGACCUGUGGGAACAGCUGAACUUGGACAUCCAGAACGAAAUGCUCAAUCGGCAAAUCCAGAAGGAGAUCUGGCGCAUCCAGGACGUGAUGGAGGGGCUGAGGAAGAACAACCCCUCCCGGGGCACGGACACUGCCAAACACAGAGUGGCCGCUGGCCCCUCUGGAACGUACAGCUCCAACAGCCCUGCUAGCCCCUUGAGCUCAGCCAGCCUCACCAGCCCACUGAGCCCUUUCUCCCUGGUGUCGGGCUCACAGGGGUCGCCCACCAAGCAAGGGACAAGCGAGUCCAAGUCCAGCUUCGAGCAGAAUAAGAAAGAGGUUCAUCGGAGCUCCGCCCCCAUCCCACCCACAGAGGCUGGGCUCAUGCAGACGAGGCAAGAGCUGGAUGCUGAGAAGCAAGCGGCUCUCAACAAAGUUGGCAUCGUUCCCCCGAGGACCAAGUCUCCCACCGAUGAGGACUCAGCACCCACUUCGGGAGUGAUCAGGAGGAGCACCAGCAACAUGUCCAACGGACUGAGCUCCCGGGAGAGGCCAAAAAGCGCCGUGUUCUCCAAUGAGAUGAAGGCAAAAAUGAGCGUGGAGGAGCAGAUCGACCGGAUGAAACGCCACCAAAGUGGAUCCAUGAAGGAAAAAAGGCGGAGUUUGCAGCUCCCAGCCAAUCAGCAGCCAGACGCUCCCAGCACGAAGGCACCCGCGUCAUACAAAGUGGUGCGCCGACACCGCAGCAUCCAUGAAGUGGACAUCUCCGACCUGGAGGCAGCGCUGCGCACCGAGGACUCUGGCAAAGUCUACGAGACACCGAGGGAGGAGAUCGCCCGGCUACGCAAGAUGGAGCUGGAGCCACAGCACUAUGAUGUCGACAUCAGUAAGGAGCUCUCUACCCCAGACAAGGUCCUCAUUCCGGAGCGGUACAUUGAGCUGGAACCGGACACCCCACUAAGUCCUGAAGAGAUGAAGGAGAAGCAGAAGAAAGUGGAAAGGAUAAAGACGCUCAUUGCCAAAUCCAGCUUGCAGAAUGUGAUCCCUCUAAGCGAGGGAGAGGUGGACGUGCCCCAGGAUGCAGAAACCCAGCUCCAGGAGCAGGAGAAGAGGAUAGAGAUAUCCUGCACCUUGGCUACAGAAGCCUCCAGGCUGGGCCGCAUGCUCUCCGCUCAAUGUGCCACCCCGAGUCCUCCCUCUUCCCCAGCCUCCCCGACUCCACCGACAAAUCCCCUCUCGUCUGAGUCAUCCCGGGUCGCCGACAGCAGCCAUUUUAUGCGUGUCUGAACCAUGAACACAAGCCCUGGCUGCUGUGAACGCUGUGAAGUUCCACGGAGCCACGUUUUAACACACAAACAUGCGCGUCCCGAGUAGACAACCAAACCUUUCCUCGCUCAUCGCUUUCGGUUCUCCCCGAACCCCUGCCACUAACCAACGGUGAGAUCGUCCAGGACGAAGAUGCUGUGCGUCGGCACCUGUCGCCAAGGAGAACACGGGAGCCUUAUCUCUGCACCGGUCCCCCCAACUGGCCGUGUACCAUCCCAGGAGGAAGUGCCGUGGGUGGGCUGCCUGCUGGAGCACAGAGUGGCAGAGAGGCGCUGGUAAAUCACUGCUACUACAAUGAUGGACGUUUUGCGUGAGAUCUGUUGCAGUCUGGGAGAUGGGCCCACUCCACAGCCGGCGUGAACUUCAGGGCAGGGGAUCUGGCAGCUACCCACCAGGCUGUUCCAUGGCCGGAAUAUCUCAUCGAGGGGAUGGUGUCUCACUGGAGGCUGGGGCGUUUCCCUUUGCUUCCCGCACUGAAAUAUUUGUCUCCCAAAGCUCGUGUCCCGAAGGGGCUUUUGCACGGGGACCGAGCCGUCGCUGCAGUUGGAGCUUGCUCUUGCCCUCCACUGACGUGAGCACCCCAUCUCCAUUCUCCACACCCCUUCCACCUCCCCAGGCCUUGGCCUGGAUCGGCUACUAGCAUCUUUCAUCUCUGGAGCUAGCCACCCGGGAAACCUGGCCCAGCCACGUUUCUCCACUCACGCUCAUGCGCAUCCACGGGAAGGAAGGAGCGGGCAUCUGGGAUGGACAGAUGGAAACAGG